AUGGAUGGACUCGGGAUGGACGACUCGGGAUGGACGGACUCGGGAUGGAUGGACUCGGGAUGGAUGGAUCAGAUGGAUGGACUCAGGAUGGACUCGGGAUGGAUGGACUCAGGAUGGAUGGACUCUGAAUGGACUCGGGAUGGAUGGACUCAGGAUGGAUGGACUCUGAAUGGACUUGGGAUGGAUGGACUCGGGAUGGACGACUCGGGAUGGAUGGACUCAGGAUGGAUGGACUCUGAAUGGACUCGGGAUGGAUGGACUCGGGAUGGAUCAGGAUGGACUCGGGAUGGAUGGACUCGAGAUGGACUUGGGAUGGAAGGGCAUGGGAUGGACUCGGGAUGGAUGGACUCGGGAGGGAUGGACUUGGAAUGGAUGGAUCGGGAUGGACUCGAGAUGGAUGGAAUCGGGAGGGAUGGACUCGGGAUGGAUUGA